CAGCUCGCCAGGGCGACAGGCUGUGUUGACAGCUGCACGGUGCGAAGAAGCAACAGUGUUCCAGCGAGAAGCAGACGGGGCAAAGCAGGCCAAAACGCCAAGAAGCAGGGCAGAAAAGAAGUUUUCGCUGUUCUGCUUAAGUUCUGCGCGUGUGCGUGUCCCUGCUAAAGGGAGGCUUACUGCAUUUCAUAUCACUUUCGGGCUGCCGGACCCGACUGCUCGAUUCUCGGUGCGUGUUGUUGUGCGUGUGCGUGCCAGAGCACAGUUGUCCACCUCCCGAUCCCUUCCAGCGCCGUUGCCAUCCUCCGCUGCCAUCCGGGAGCAGGAGGAGGAGGAGGAGGCACUUGUUUCCAAUCAACACAGCAAGCAGCAGCAUCAGCACCACCAAUCGUCCACACGGCCGACGGUGGCGGUGUGACACGCAGUGAAUCAGACAAGUGAAAUUAGAGGAAAAAAAAAAACUCUGUUUUGUGUGAGUGUGUGUGUGUGCGUGUGUCAGUCGUACCUGUGCAUCAGGUCCGAGCCGUGGAGUUUUAGGCUUGUUGCGGCGCGGAACAAACAAACCCGAUCGACGAGAGAGAGAGAAAGAGAGAGAGAGAGAGUGAGGGUUUUGCGGCAACGGCGGUGGGUGUCAUCGCUUCUUCUUCUACUUCUUCGCUUCCACCCUCUAUCAACCAUCCAACUCCAAUAUACCCCGUCGUCGUCAUCGUGCGUCGUCGUCCCCUCGCCCAACGUGCGGCAAGAUCUUGCCGUAACACUGCGUGCACGCGCGUGUGUGUGUGUGUGCGCGCGCGUGCCCGACCCGUGUGCGUGUGCAUGCAGCAGCAGGGCAGGGCAGGGCAGGCAGGCUGGCAGGCAGUGAUUUAACAAAUGUAAAACAAUAAUUAAACACAUUGGACGCACACACACACCACCACCACCAUCCACACACACACACACAACCACUCACCCGCCGGAGACAACAACCACCCACAACAAAAGGCGCGCUUGGCACGAGAUAUGGCAACCAAGAAAACGAUGGACGACGCUCGCAGGGAACGGCUGGUCGCCCUGGAGCAGAAAAUUCGCGACCCGGUCAGCAUCGGCAACAUCGAAUGCCUGCUGGACACGCUGACCGCCCUCGUGGCGGACUGCGAUCACGACAAUGUGAAGAUCAUCAAAAACAUCGAAACGUUUAUCAAACGCUAUAAAAGUCUAGCGACUGACAUCACCAGCCUGCGCAUGAACCCGGACGACUUCACCUUCAUCAAGCUGAUCGGGCGCGGCUCGUUCGGCGAGGUGCUGCUGGUGCGCCAGAAGGCGACCAGGCAGGUGUACGCGAUGAAGCGGCUGUCCAAGUACCAGAUGCUGACGCGCUCCGACACCGCCUUCUUCUGGGAGGAGCGGUACAUCAUGGCGAACGCGAACUCGGACUGGAUCGUGAAGCUGCACUACGCGUUCCAGGACGCGAAGUACCUGUACAUGGUGAUGGACUUCAUGCCGGGCGGCGACAUCGUCGGGCUGAUGAACGUGUACGAGAUACCGGAGAAGUGGGCGCUGUUCUACACGAUGGAGGUGGUGCUGGCGCUCGACACGAUCCACCAGAUGGGCUUCAUCCAUCGGGACGUGAAGCCGGACAACAUGCUGCUCGAUAAGUACGGCCAUCUGAAGCUGGCCGACUUUGGCACGUGCAUGCGCAUGGACGACGAUGGGCUGGUGCGGUCCUCGAACGCGGUCGGCACGCCGGACUACAUCAGCCCGGAGGUGCUGCAGUUCCAGGGCGUGAAGGGCGGGUACGGGCGCGAGUGCGACUGGUGGUCGGUCGGUAUCUUCCUGUACGAGAUACUGAUCGGCGACACGCCCUUCUUCUCGGACAGUCUCGUCGGCACGUACGGCAAAAUUAUGGACCACAAAAACUGUCUCGAGUUUCCGGACAACGCGCGCAUCAGCGAGAACGCCAAAUCGCUGAUCAAGGGCUUCCUGUCCGACCGGACGGUGCGGCUCGGCCGCCACAGCGUCGAGGAGAUCAAGUCGCACCCGUUCUUCGAGAACGACACGUGGACGUUCGAGAACCUGCGCCAGUCGGUGCCGCCGGUCGUGCCGGAGCUGAGCAGCGACGACGACACGCGCAACUUCGAGGAGGUGAAGCGGAAGAGCAGCAUCGGCACCAACUUCCCGACGCCCACCACCUUCGCCGGGGACCAUCUGCCGUUCAUCGGGUUCACCUACUCGCCCGACUACCAGCUGCUGGCGGGCGAGCCGGAACCGGCGGACGGGGACGGCAGCGCCGGCGACACGACCGACAACCGGGAGGGGACGGGCGCGAAGGUGCACCGGCACCGCCCGUCGAACAAUGCCGAGCUGAUGCGGCUGGAGAACCUGGUGCAGCGGCAGAAGCAGACGAUCGAGGCGCACGAAAAGCAGGAGCGCACGCUGCGCCAGCAGAUCGAGCUGAUUACGAAGCGCGAGUCCGACAUCCAGACGGUCGCGAACGAGUACGAGCGCGACCUGACGAUGCUGAAGCACAACUUUCGCGAGGUGCAGCGCCGGGCGGACGGCGAGCUGGAGGCGCGCAAGAAGGUCGAGUGCGUGCUGGUCGAGACGAAGCAGCGGCUGCAGGAGGAGUGCAAUCUGCGGACGCGCGAGCAGAACAGCGUGCAGCAGUACACCGACCGGAUCGGGGCGCUCGAGAAGCAGCUGGCGGAGGUGCAGGAAAAGUACAAGGCGGAGGUGGAGUCGGGCCAGAAGAGCAAGAAGCUGAUCGCGGAGCUGCGGCUGCUGAGCAGCAACGCGGAGCAGAAGGCGCUCGACCUGCAGUCGAUGAUGCUCGGGCUGCAGACGAUGCGCGACAUGCUGCAGCAGGAGCUGGCGGAGCUGCAGAGCCAGCUGACGCAGGAGCGGAGCACGCGCAUCAAGCGGACGGAGCUGCAGAAGGAGCUGGAGGUGAAGGUGCAGUCGAUGUGCACCGAUAUGGAGCGGAUGGCGGCCCGGGAGCAGCAGGUCUUCGCCGACAACCGCACCCUGGUCGACCGGAUCUCCGAGCUGGAGAAGGAGUACGCGUCGGUCGAGUGCGAGCUGAAGGCGGUCCAGUGCCGGUACGAGCAGGAGGUGCAGGCGCACCAGGAGACGGCCAAGGCCCGGCUGCUCAACAACGAGGAGGCGAACAUGCAGGAGGUGAAAGCGCUACAAAACAAGCUCACCGAGGAGAAGCUGGGCCGUCAGAAGGCGGAGCAGAACUCGCAGGAAAAGGAGCGGCAGCUGUCGAUGCUCUCGGUUGACUACCGUCAGAUCCAGCAGCGCUUGCAAAAGCUUGAAGGCGAAUAUCGGCAGGAGUCGGAAAAGGUGGUCGCCCUGCACAGUCAGCUCGAGCAGGAGCAGAGCAAAAAGAACAGCCUGCUGUCGGAAAUUAGCCUCCAGAGCUCGGAGGUCGCCCACCUCAAGUCGAAGGAAAUGCAGUCGCAGAAGGAGGUGCAACAGCUGCGGGAUGCGCGCAAGAAGCUGGAGGAGGACGUCAGCAACAUCAAAAAGCAGCACAACACAGACAUUCUGCAGAUGAAAGAAGUCCAGGACCAGCUGGAGGUUGAACAGUACUUCUCCAAGCUGUACAAAACGCAGUACAACGAGCUGCGGGACGAGAUGAAGGACCGAAUGCGCCAGCUGCAGAAGCUGGACGACGAGCGGAGCAACAUCAUGCACCAGCUGCAGCUGGCGAAUGCGCGCGCCGACACAGAGGCGCUCGCGCGCUCGAUCGCGGAAGAGACGGUCGCCGACCUGGAGAAGGAGAAAACGAUGAAGGAGCUCGAGCUGAAGGAUCUGCUCACCAAGCACCGGAACGAGCUGAUGGCGAAGGAGGCGCUCGUCACCUCGCUGAAGGAUGCGGAGGCCGAGCUGAAGAAGUCGCUCGGCAACAAGGAGUACGAGCUGGAGGACGUGCUGCAGCAGAGCAAGAAGCAGCAGGAGGAGCUGUACCGGCUCAAGUACGAGCUCGGCGAGCUGGACAAGUGCCGGGCGAAGCUGGUGAACGAGACGAUCCUGAAGCAGCAGGCGGUGAACAAGCUGGCGGAGAUCAUGAACCGCAAGGACAACAACCUGACCGGCAAGCAGAAGAUGAAGGUCAACUCGACGGCGGAGCUGCGCAAGAAGGAGAAGGAAAGCAAGCGGCUGCAGCAGGAGCUGUCGGUCGAGCGGGCGAAGUACGACGAGAUGUGCCAGAAGCACAACGAAACCGUCAGCCUGCUGGCGCGCCAGAUUGAUGUCAACACCAAGCUCCAGAUGGAGAUCGACUGCAAGGCGACGGAAAUCGAACACCUGCAGAUGAAGCUGAUCGAGACGGCCUCGCUGUCCUCGGUCGACAACGACAUGAUGGAGGAAAACCAGGACUCCAUCUUCGAGGGCUGGCUGAGCGUGCCGAACAAGCAGAACAUCAAGCGGCACGGCUGGAAGCGCCAGUUCGUGGUCGUGUCCCCGAAGCGCAUCAUCUUCUACAGCUCGGAGCUGGACAAGCAAAACACGAGCGAUCCACUGCUCAUCAUCGAUUUAAGCAAAGUGUUCCAUGUCCGCCCGGUAACACAAGGUGACGUUAUACGGGCCGAUCCCAAAGAAAUACCGCGCAUCUUCCAGCUGCUGUACGCCGGCGAGGGUGAGGCGCGCCGGCCCGACGAGCAGCAGCCGUCCGACAUCGGCUCGUCCCGUAGCGAUGAGAAGCCGCUCACGAUGCAGUACAAAGGCCACGAGUUCCUCCAAAUCAGUUACCAUAUUCCAACGACUUGCGAUCUUCCCUCGUGCCAGAAGACGCUGUGGCACGUCUUCAAGUCACUGCCGGCGUAUGAAUGCAAACGCUGCCGGUUCAAGCUGCACAAGGAACACGUGGACAACAACAAUCCGCUCGCACCGUGCAAGCUGCACCACGAUCCGAACCAUGCGCGCGAGAUGCUGCUGCUCGCCACCUCGAACGAGGACCAGCACCGCUGGGUGACGCGCCUGUCCAAGCGCAUCCAGAAGAGCGGCUACAAGGCCAACUCGACCAACAACGUCGGUACGCUCGGCGGCAGCGGCAACACGUCGACGAUGGGCAGCACCGGCGGCGGCAGCAACAGUGGCAGCAGCACCGGCGGCACCAGCAGCGGCAUCGGCAGCAAUGGUAACAAUCUGCCCACCAGCAACUCCAACAACAGCAUGGAUUCAGCCAAGGUUUCGCCCAGCCAAUCGGCGCGCUCGAACAACAAGCCAAGCACGGCGGCGGUGGUACAGCGGUCGGCCACCCUGCCCUCGAACGCAUCGCUAAAGCAAUCGCCACCGUGAUGGCCCGGCCCGGGCGAAGCGCCACGGAGCCGACACCGCGCCAACCGCGCGCACCCAACCCUACGUCUGUUCGGGCACAGGGAGGCAUUUUUUAAUAUUAAGCUUGCGGGCUGUGCGCACACACAUCAGCUACACGUCCCGGUAGCGGUUUUUUUUUUUUAAAUACCGCUCUUCUCUAUCCUUUAGUUGCCUUCUUUCUUUUCGCUAGCAUUACGGCAUUAUACUAUUACGGUGAAUGUCUUAAAAUGUGACAUACACAAACAUAGAGAUAAAGAAGAAGCAGGAGAAAGAGAGAGAAAGAGAGAGAGAGGGAGAGAGAGAAUGAAAGCUUGAGGCAGACAUAGAUAAAUCCAUUACGUAACUGUUCCGGUUGUCUUUCCAUUCCAAAAGAAGAAAAACAAACAUACACCCCGGAGGGGGACCGUCUAACGAUCAUUUGCGCGAUUGGUGGCGCGGCGCGGCGCGUUCGUCCUGUUGUUUUUGCAAUAGCUUUAUAUCGCACCCUCUUUCAUCCUCAUCCUUGUUUUGUGAUAUUGAAAAGAGGAAUUCCACAGAGAGAGAGAGGGAGACAGAGAGAUAAAAAGAAAAUGCAUUUCAUUUUACACAGUAACAGGGAAGAAACAAACCACCACACGUGUCAUAAAAGGCGCAGCAACAGUAUUUUGCGCACGAAAAAAACAAACAAGAAGCAGAUACGCAGAGUCGGUUCUCUCGUGGUCAGUUUUCCACAGUAGGCUGUAAGAAGCAGAACCGGUGCGAUGGUGGUCGUAUCGGAUUUCGAAGAUUUUGCAUUUUGCGCGUUGUUAUGCGAGGAAGGGAGCUUAGGGUUAGAAUUUGAGUUAGAAAUUGUUGACAGAGCGUUGCACGGUGCAUGCACGCCUACACACAUAUACACCUAUAUUCUCCCGCUUUCUUUCUCUCUCUCUCUCUCUCUCUCUCUCUCUCUUAUGCGUGCUCUUAAUUGAUUGCACGAUCGAUUUUUAACGUGAGAAGGAAAAGGGAUGGCCCACGCUCACGAAAACGCCAGCCGGGCGUGCUUGCAAUUUCCAACCUUUGGCUCGAUUUUGUUUUUUUUUUUCGCGAAUACGCCAGCACGAUGAGCGUAGACAAACAAACAAACAAAAAUCGAAGAACUGAACCUUGUAAACAGGAAACAUUUUACACUUUUAUUCAGAAGGAACGGUCCAAAAGCGGCCGUAUUGCUUAGGAAACACUGCUCAGAGUGGGUGGUGGUGAACACGAGGAAGACAUUAUCCGCAUUUUUUGAUCCGGUUAGCUUUCACCACCCAACGUACGAAGAGAAUACGCUCACCUCGCGUGGUUCAUUCGUUUUGAGUAGCUAUAACGACGACGGGUCACUCGAACAAAAGAGACACAAACAACAACAACAACAAAAAACCCUCCAUGCAAAUUAAAAAAACAUUAUGCAAAAACAAUUCCAUGCGGCGAAACUUAUACAUUUCUGGCGCUGCCAAAGACGUACACUAUUUUUUUUUUUUUUUGUUUGAAAUUGUUGCUGUACAAAAUCACACGCCAGCAACACUAUGGACGGCGGCGCAUCUUUGCCAUUGCCAGCCAUAGCUAACUAUAUGUAUGUGGCGGUGACGAGCUUUAUUUAAUGCCGGCGCUUUCAAAAAACAUUUCCAAACUCAGCAGCGGGCGCCGUGUGUGUCGCCCCUUUGCGCAAACCGAGCGCGCCCCUCCGCCCUCUAUUUCCAUCCAUCCGCCCCACUUCAGUAUCGAACUUCAUCCACUGCAUUCCGCUGUACUGUAAGCAUCGUGGUAUUUUCGUUAGUAAACGGACGUACAUUGUUUUAUUUCUUUGUUUUUUUUUACUCUAUACCUAAUUUAAGCUCACAUCCGUUGUUACAUUGAAAACAGAUUGUAAACACACAUACACACAUACACAUAUUAUACAUACACAAUAGGGGAAUAGUUCGUUAGUCCAGCAAUUUCGCCCGCCCUCAAUUUCGAUUGCUGUGUAUAUAUUUAUCUUUAAACAAAAAAUCGUUAACUUUUGUCUUUCUUUUUUUUUUAGAAGUAGCAGAAAGUAACCGAUGUUAAACACAUAAUAUUUUGAUCGUGCGUGCACGUCACGCAAUGCGUUUCCGGGCUGGCAAAUUUGGUAACAAUUCUUUGGGUGUAUCUACUCUUGGGAUAAAAGGAAAAAAAACCUUAAGCCAUUCGGACAGGAACACCUAUUCUCUUCUACUUUUUUUUUAUUUGGCGCAUCAACCCUAGCAGGUUUAUAGGGUCGGCCUAAGCGACCAAUGCAGCCUGACGAUCAGUGACUUGCUGGUGUACUCAUAGCACAGUCCGCGGCGUCCGGUGGCUCCGCUCCAAACGGGGCUUGGUCCUCGUGAUAGGCAAAACAAACAAAAACCCAUGAUACUUUGUAGUAGUUUUUUUUUAAUUAUUAUUAUUCAAACCAAUCAUGGUAGUUUGCUGGGUUUAUUGUUUGUUUGUUAAAUUGCACUGUAUCUGUAAAGUUAUCGUACGAAUUUUUCUUUGUAUGUUGUGGUUUGAACGACUUAAACAAUGUUAGAAAUACGUAAAAAAAAACUGGGGACGUAUUGCGUGGCGCUUUAAAGGUGUAAAGAGAGAGACAGAGAGAGGGAGAAAGAGAUAAACGGCAUUCAGAAUCGAGAGUCGCUGAUAUGUGUUUGUGUGUGUAUUUAACAUUGGACAGAAGUAUUCAUAGACGAUUUAGUGAAUUUAACGACACGCCUCUGUGCGUGUCUGGUAGGGUACAAUGUUGCGAUUGAGGGUGAACAAAAGUUAACAUAUAUAUUUUUUUUACUUAGGUUAUUAGGUAACUAAGACACGGUGAAGAAUGAAGAAAAGAACAAACACAGCAAGAAUGAAUUGUUAACGUCUGCUGCGCUACCGCACGAAAAUGUGCAACAAAACUGGAAUCGGAUGUUUUUUAUGUCUCGAUAUUGGUAGCAGCCAGCAAGGGGGGGGGGGGGGAGUUUUACAUUUUUUUUUAUUUUUACCUCCCUCUGCAACGCUCUGGCACGGGGGAAUUGAGAAUUUUAAAUUCUUAACCAACCAAGGCUGAUGAUGUUGAAAUUGAGCUUAGUUCACAACGGCAACCCAUGUUAGGGACUUUUAGGGAGUAGGGAUCUGUGUUCUGUAGGUGUGUUGAGUAUGUUUUUUUUUGCGGUAUUGUUGAUUCCCUUUCCUAAGUGGAAUUUGCGCUGUAUAUGGCACGAUGCGAACGCGAGAGAAUAGGAUGUGACAAUACUUAACACUGUACCACUGUAAACCGGACAUAGUCAGUCCUUGCCUGCGCGGGAGGACGGUCCUGGAUGGGCGCGGAUCCUGUCCGGGCGUUAUAGGAACCUAUUUACUCUAUCGCCUGUAAUUAGCGAGCAAACAUUUUCGAAUCGCUCUUUACGGUUAGCAAAAAGUGAAAAAGAAAGAGAGAGAGAGAGAGAGAGAGAGAGAGAGAGAGAGAGAGAGAGA